UCUAACUCAUUCACUAUAACCUCGUGAAGACAGUUCAAUAACAGCUUAGUAGAGAUGAAACACAUCACAGUCAUGUUGGCGCUCGUUGUUCUGAGAGUUUGCGGGGAAAACAUCAGUGACGGCUAUUGUGUGGAUGGAAAAUGCUUCGUCGUCCACGAACACAGUGCGAGUUUUGACGAUGCCCAGAGCGUGUGUCAAGAGAAACGAGGACAUCUGAUGACCGUGCGCACCGAGAAAACAGCCAAUGUACUCGGUGGGUUGUUGAACGGCACUUCUGGAGACUUUUGGCUUGGGUUGAAACAUCAGUGUUCAGACUCAAAUGAUGGAUUAAAGGGAUACAAAUGGGUCACUGGAGACAACACAACCCACUUCAUCAACUGGAAAAGCCACUUAACGGUUUGUUCUCCUCGGUGUGUUUCAGUGUCACAUAAAGUUCUCAAAUGGACCGAAAGAGCAUGCAAUGACAGAAUCCAGGGUUAUUUGUGCGAAUACGAUAACCCUGGUUACUGCCCGCCGCUUAGCAUCAAUGCAUCAGUCUCAUAUCAAACUGAUUUCGGAUUCUCAGCACAAGAAGAUCUCAAAGAGAUUCCUCAGUACAGCAAUGCAACACUGCAGCCGCUGAGAACGAGGCACAUGUGUGUCGAUGGUGAAUGGUAUCAAGCACCCUGGAGUUGUGAAGCUGCUGGUGGUGGAUGUGAAUAUAAGUGCAUUCAGGAAGGGCAAAUCAACACCUGCAUCUGUCUUCCUGGAUUUACAAUCGACAUCAACAACAGAGUCACUUGCAACAAGCAGGAUGAUGACCCUUGCGCGCACGCGGGAUGUGAGCACACGUGCGCAAGACCUGGCGAAACAUUCAAGUGCACGUGUCACCCGGGGUUUCAUCUGGGUCCAGAUGAGAAGUCUUGCAAAAGCUGCAACCCUGGCUUUCACAUGGAAGGUGGCGUUUGCGUGGAUGAUAACGAAUGCGCAUUUAGACCAUGCGAGCACAUAUGCGUCAACACUGAAGGUAGCUACCACUGUGAGUGCUUUAAAGGACACAUCAAGUCUGUGGAGAACAUGCACAAAUGUAAUAUGCACUGUACAGAAAGUCCCUGCCCAGCUAAAUGUGAUUCCAACAGCUACAGCACCCAGUGUGACUGUCCUGAUGGUUUCCUAGCUGAAGGGCAAUUUUGCAUUGACAUAGAUGAAUGCGACAGUCCUUUCUGUGACCAUACAUGUGAAAAUACAGUUGGAGGAUUUCAAUGUUCUUGCAACGAAGGAUUCGUGAUUAAAGACAGAACCAAAUGCAUUAGAGAAAACUUUGAGGGUUCGGGCAGCUCAACGACUUUUGAGCAUUUUAUACCUACGAGCAGACCUCCAACAGACAUGACAGUGUCCAUCUCAGCUGCCAGUCUUUUAGGAAUAAUGGUUUGCAUUGUUCUUUGUAUUCUUUUACUGGCCUGCCUCGCUCACUCUAUAAUGAGACGUCUUAGUAAAAUGCAUCAUUAUGAUAUGGACGAAGGCCACCAUGAAAUCUUAGAUUUUCAAGAGGUGAUCAUUAACAAACACUGCGUACAACAGACAUUCCCAAAUAUAUAUCUAAAAAGAGACAUUUAACGUUGGACGUCAUGCAAACUGAAAUGUAAAUAGUACACAAUAGUAAACAUAUCUGAUUUUGUAUGUAAAGAUAUAUUAGGAUUAGUGCAACUUUCCUUUGCACAAGUUUGAAUGUCAGUAUUGCUGAAUGUUGCUGUUUGAAGAGAAUAAAUGCUAUAUUUUAAUAUAACCUA